AUGUCUUCAUCCUAUGGCGGGGGGGAUUUAUUCCACAACACAGCCACAACCACGUGGAAACCAGAGGUGUGAGCAGGGCUUAUUUUUGUUGUACUGCAGAGCACUUGCAGAGCGUCGUUAGAGCGCUGAAGUGAGGCAGACGGCUGCAUUAAGCCAUUACCUGCACAAGUUAAUGUUAUUAUAGUGGCCAAACUUGUGGCAGGCGCUGAGCUCCUGCGUCAGACUUUACGCACCAUGCGCCCUGUGUGACUGGAAGCUCUGUGAUUUGGCAUCUCUCUUUUUCUUGCGCGCAGAGAUGUUGCAUACGGAGACAGUGCCUGAAUGAAGACACCGUGCACUCACUUUGGAUUCAUACUGUCACGCUGAGUCGGACGUUAUAACGCCUGUGUGCACGCUACAUAAGAUUUAAGAAAAAAGCACAACUGUCUUUCCCCUGCAUCUUCCCAGCUUCCUCCACCUCCUCAUCUCACGCUCUCCUCUCCCUGCUGCCACUACCUUCACCCCUCUGAGGGAACUCUUGUGUCGCAGCCAUGCCAAAGAACACCAAGGUGACCCAGCAGGAGCACAGCAAUGAACCUGUCACGGAGUCUGUGGCUGACCUGCUUUCCCUGGAGCACCCCAUGGACUAUAAGAGCAGUCAGAUGAGCAUGGGCCUGAGUCCUGGCUCGACUGCUCCAGUAAAGGCCCUACUACCCUCCCCUGACCCAGAUGCUGAGGACGGCAGACCGGCUUGGAACAACAAGCUGGAGUACAUCCUGGCCCAGGUGGGCUUCUCUGUGGGCCUAGGUAACGUCUGGAGGUUUCCCUACCUGUGCCAAAAGAACGGUGGAGGUGCAUACCUGGUGCCAUACUUUAUCCUCCUCCUGCUCAUUGGCAUCCCCUUGUUCUUCCUGGAGCUGGCAGUAGGUCAGAGGAUCAGGCGUGGCAGCAUCGGCGUGUGGAACUACGUCUACCCACGGCUGGGGGGCAUUGGGGUUUCCAGCCUGAUGGUUUGCGGUUUUGUGGGCCUCUAUUAUAAUGUGAUUAUCGGCUGGAGCAUCUUCUAUUUCUUCCAGUCAUUUCAGUAUCCACUGCCUUGGGCUGAGUGCCCCAUCCAGAGAAAUGGAACCCAAGCCAUUGUGGAGCCAGAGUGUGAGAAAAGCUCAGCCACCACUUACUUCUGGUACCGCCAGACUCUCAACAUAACCAGCACCAUUGACGACACCGGCGGCCUGAACUGGAAGAUGACCCUGUCCCUGCUGGUGGCUUGGAUCAUGGUCUGUCUGGCUGUCAUCAAGGGCAUCCAGUCCUCCGGGAAGGUGAUGUACUUCAGCUCCCUCUUCCCGUACGUGGUGCUUUUCUGUUUCCUGGUACGAGGCUUGCUGCUGAAGGGGGCGGUGGACGGCAUUGCUCACAUGUUUACCCCUAAGCUGGAAAAGAUGUUGGAGCCACAGGUGUGGAGAGAGGCAGCCACACAGGUCUUCUUCGCCCUGGGUCUGGGCUUUGGAGGCGUGAUCGCUUUCUCCAGCUACAACAAACGAGACAACAACUGCCACUUCGAUGCAGCGCUGGUCUCCAUCAUCAACUUCGUUACCUCCAUCCUGGCCACUUUAGUGGUGUUUGCUGUGCUGGGGUUCAAGGCGAAUGUGAUGAACGAGAAGUGUGUUGUCGAGAAUGCGGAGAAGAUCCUGGGCUACCUCAACACUGGUGUGCUCAGCAGAGAGCUCAUCCCUCCUCAUAUCAACUUCUCCCACCUGUCUGCCCAGGACUAUGCAGAGAUGUAUGGUGUCAUUAAGACGGUGAAGGAGGACAGCUUUGGCCAGCUGGGCCUGGACGCCUGUGUGCUGGAGGACGAACUCAACAAGGCGGUUCAGGGCACUGGCCUGGCGUUCAUCGCCUUCACUGAGGCCAUGACGCAUUUCCCUGCCAGCCCCUUCUGGUCUGUCAUGUUCUUCUUCAUGCUAAUCAACCUGGGGUUAGGAAGCAUGAUAGGCACCAUGACCGGCAUCACCACACCCAUCCUGGACGCCUUCAAGAUUCGCAAGGAGAUCCUGUGUGUGGUGUGCUGUGUCAUAGCCUUCUUCUUAGGCCUGCUGUUUGUGCAGCGUUCAGGGAAUUACUUUGUCACUAUGUUUGAUGACUACUCGGCUGGUCUGCCUCUCACUGUGGUGGUGAUCCUGGAGAACAUCUCUGUCGCCUGGAUCUACGGCACUAAGAGGUUUAUGCAGGACCUGGAGGACAUGCUUGGUUUCAGGCCAUACUCGUUCUAUUACUACAUGUGGAGGUACGUGUCACCAGCUGUCUUGGUGGUACUCAUCGCUGCCACUGUCAUCGAGAUGGCUGUCAGUCCCGCAGGAUACAACGCCUGGGUUGAGGCCGAGGGCUCAGAGCGUUUCCAGAGUUACCCUCCCUGGGCUUUAGCCAUGGCCUACGCCCUAAUUGUUGUGGCCAUGCUGCCUCUACCAAUCGUCUUCAUCGUCCGUCACUUCAACCUGAUCUCGGACGGCUCCAACAAGCUGUCCGUCUCCUACCGUAAAGGCAUGAUGAAGGACAUCUCCAACCUGGAGGAGCAGGAUGAGCAGCGCUUCAUCCUCAGCAAGAACCCCAGCGAGGCUCCCUCCCCGAUGCCUGCCCACCGUGCCUACCUGGGCCCUGGUGGCACUCAGGAGAUGACCAACACCAACUACGGCACCAGCACCAAGACGGGCUACCAGAACAUUGGCUCGCCCGAGUCCGAGCUAUGAUCCCCUGAUCUCACAGUUCCUCCCGUCCAUUAAAACCCAGCCCUGCUUUAGAGAGAGGGAGACAGAGGAAGAAAGAGAGGAACGGAGGAAGUCAAGAGGGAGAGGAAAUUCACUGCCGGUUGUUGCAGCGUUCAUCACACCUUAACCCCCAGAGCUGAACCCCCCCCAUUCUCUGCUCCAUUGCUCCCUGCCUGCGGUUCAUCCCUUCUUCCCAUCACAGGAUCCACGUUGCUAAUUGCCUGUCAAUCCCAGCUGAGAUGAAGUGAUCAUGGGAACGUGAGUCCCACCGCAUUCAAGGAGCUUUUCCAUCUGUCAAGGUAUUACAAAGGAAGAGAGAAAGGGGCAGAGGGGAGAGCAACAGAGGGAGGAAUGAAGCAUAGAAAGGUCAACUGUGGGCUUAGAUACAGGCUUUGUUUUGUAAUGAGCUCUGGCUGAGGUCAAGGUGUGUCCAACGCCAAAAUCCUUCACGCUGUACUGAAAUGUAAUCCCAUAUGUUUACUGGUGUGGAGAAGGUUAUUUUUUUAGACGGCUGGAUGUUCCUAGCUCUAGGAGACCAUCAUCUCUCUCUGGUUCAGUUGUAGAGGAUUGUUAUUUGUGGGGACAGGAUGGAAGGAGACUCAGAAAAUAAAACACACAUCUUCAUCCUGAUCUGUAUCACUGUAUGAGAACAUUUCUCAUCUACAGUUAUAUAACAAAAUGAUUACAAAUGCAUCUAUAACAGUAUGUAAUAAGUGAUUCUGAUAGUGUUACAAGCACAUUAUCUUUGAGUUUAUUGUGCCUAUCAUGCAUCAGCAAUAAUAGCCAGUCAAAGUAGGGUCCUCAUAAAACUGUGGAUCUCCUUCUAUCCCCAUUUUCCCCACUGAUGUAGAAUUCUAUACAUAUGUGUUGUGCAAUAGUCUGAGAUGUCAGUUAAUCGUGUAUAUACACCGACAGUAGUGCAAAACAAGGUUAAACUUUUUGCCUCGUCAUUUCUUUCUCUAAACACUGAAGCACAGACCCCUCUAUCGUUAGAGCAUCUCUGAGCCUUAACACAGAGCGGUGCUUUUCGUUUAAACAAUCCUCUCUAGAAUAAAAACAGCAACGCUCUGGAGUUGUUUCCAACACGUAUGGUCGUUGUGCUGCUCCAGUCGCAGCUGGCCUAGACAAAGCUUUUCCAUUUUAAUCAAUCAUUUUAAUCAAGUGGUUCCAUUUUAAUCAAUGCCUUAGAAGGGCAGAGGUGGCGGUGCAUGAGUAGAGAUAAGCAGAGUGGCUUGUUUUUGAUCAGCGGGGUAGCUUCAUGCGCGUCUGUCUCAGUGUUAAAGAGAGGCAGACAGAGAGGGAAUUGGUAAUGUGAGUUGUGUCUUUGUGUAUGUGCAGAUGUGCGUGCGUUGUGAGUGUGUUGUCGUCUGCCUCUGAACGAGAGCUCCCAGUGACCCUGCCUGGUUAAAAAUAGAGCUGUUACCCAGGGGAAGCCGUGGCAACGCACCAUAGAUACAGCUCCUCUUCUGAUGUGGAGGAGGAAGAGGAGAGCGGACACCUUGCUUUGUCUGCUCCACCUGCAUGGCUGUUUGUUCAGCAAUACAGAGAUCAGACAUUUUACUGUCAAUGUCCUACAAGAAUAUCUCUCUAAUGUUGUUACAGUGCUUUGAUUAAGAGGUUCACUGCCAUUAAUCAUAUCUCAUCCCUGAGAGGAUGAUGAUGUAGGUUCAAUUGUUGUACAUUCCUCAAACUGCAACCACUAUGGACAUCAUUUCAUAAGCACUACAAUCUACACUUUGGUGUCUUUUUGUGAACUAAGGUGUGAAAACUAAAGCCUUUUUAUUUUUAAUGUAUAAUAUUUUAUGACAAUGUAUGUGUAGGGUGAUAAUGUGGAAAAUGUACCAUGAUAUAAAUGUUUGGAGUAAGUGGUAAUACAGAGUUUUCACCACCGGGUGUCUCUGCUGUCCAGCGGAGGAGCCGAUGACACGCUCUCUCUGAAGGCCCCUCCCUGAGACAACACCAAUACUUGAGACUGAACAGAUGUAGUGUGAAGCACAGUCAGUCACAUUGUUUUGGUGCCUGAGCAGCACCUCUGUUGUCUGUUUAGCCUUAUGCUUCCUGUCAUUUCAUUUUAUCGAUUAUGUAGUGUGUUUACGUCGCGUUCGGACCAACAAUGUCUUGUCUCAUUCACUUGAGCACUUUAUUAGAUAGGGACCCUGGAGUUGUUUGUUAAGCACACAUCUGACAGAGACUUUGUGUAGUUUAAACAUUGGCUGUCACAGAAUCAAUGAGUUAUACAUAUAUGUGUGUGUGUGUGUGUAUGGAGAGGGAGGGAGAAAGAGAGAGAGAGAGAGAGGGAGAGCGAGCGAGCGAGCAGUAGGGCUAAAUGCCCAUGAAAGGCACAAAACACAAAUGUCUCACAAGCCAAAACCUUCUAGUUUCUACUGCAUGUUAUCACAGAAGAUAAUUGUGUUUGCAUGCUAAAUUUUAGCAUUUUAACAGGCUAUAAUCUGGCAUCUUAUGUUAAAAGCAUGUUAAUGUGUUGAAUGUUGCCCUGUUAUCAUGUCAGCGUUGACCAAUGCUUCCAUGUCAUUGCCUGGCUCUAUCACUGUGGGUCCUCUUUAUUUUAUGUAAGAGCUGAUCCAUGCCUGUGUGCUGUAAAAUGUGAACAUGUGGUCUCUAACAUGGCUCCUGUAUCUGCCCUGCUUUCAGACCUCAAUGAGUUAUGUGUCUGCCACAUGACUACAGUGCUUGUGAUAUAUGGCUAGGUAUAAACUGAACCUAUAAACCCCUUAAUAUCAUCUAUUUUUCCACUGUCUUUCAUAGAUUUGUAUGUUCUUUAAUCUUCUCUUGUUAGAUAUUUUGCAAUAAUUAUACUAAUGGGGUUUAAAUAUAGAACAUCUGCAUUACAGCAAGUGAAGGGCAGCAAUGCAGCACUAUAAGGAUGUGAACCACUGUGAAAACACAACAGAAGAAAAAGGAAAGUGAUCUUGCCACACUUGUCUUCCCCAAAUCACAGUUAGUUAAGAUGUCACAAAUGAGCAUGUAAACACUAUUAUCUAUUGCAAAGAUCUAGCAUGCGCAGACAUGCAAAUCCUCUGUGAUAAUAUACCUGAUGUUUUGGCCUGUUGGUUUGUGAUACAAAUGGCACAUAACCUCAGGUGACAGCACUCACCUGUAUAACUACUGUGGCUUUGGCUUAAAGUUAAAGCACAUUUAGGUGAAGCACAGGAACGUGAGCACAAAGGAGUUUCAUGUCUCAGUAGCAGUGAAUUUCAGCAGUCAAUGAGCUAAAAAUACUGUGAGUCAGAAACUUGUAGAUCGUGUUAGUUAUGGUCUGAUUCCUGCAUCCUCCAAGAGGUCAAUGGAGGAUAACGCUGUACUCUGAAAUGCACUGCCUUCUUCACAGGAAGCUUAACUGCACCAUUAGUUUCUGCACCUGUAGCUACAGACUGCUCUGCACAACAAAGAGACAUAACAAUUAUAGCAAACUUCAGCUAAUACUGAUGUGGUGGAUCUUGCACAAAGACAGCACAAUGACAGCACAUGAGUUUAUAUUUUCCUUUAGAAAUGGCAGCAUUCAGUGCUAUAGAUGUAGUUAUAUGACGUCACAUUUCACAAAGGAGUUCUCCCCAGUUCCAGGCACAGCAGGUCUUGCCUUAAAUGUUUAAAAACACUUCCAACCACUGUUGAAAUACUCUGUGGCAAAAAUGUCUUCUCAUAUUGGUUCAAAUUAGCCAGUAAUUAAGAUAUUGGCAUGUAGUAUUGAUAUUUCAUAUUUAUGAUUCACAACAAAACUCCAACUCCAGGGUCCUUGUCUUGUCCAUGUGCCCGUUGUGUUGCAUUAUGUACUACAAAGCAACUUCUAGAGCUUAACUCGGUGAAAAUACUGAGAUGAACUCAGCAAAAGUAGAGUAAUAGUGUAUUUAUUUAACAGUGCAAAUAGUCUUUACGUGACCAAACCAUAGUUAUAUUUAUAGUAUUUAAGACUAUGUAUUUAAUCUGUACAUAUUGAUGUACAUUCUGAUAAAUUCACACUGAGUAUCUAUAGUAAGAGUGACAGGGUGUAUACUUGAGCUGUAAAUAAUAAUUGUAUAUUUUGAGAUAUUUUUUGAUUUUUGUACUGUAGGUAAUGUUCCUUUAGUGUCUGUUGGUUUGUGGUGUUAGUGUGUGGUUGUUCUCAAUCAAAAUAGCUGAGCGACUCUGACUGUGUGUAUGUGCGUGUAUAUAUGAGUGUGCGUGUAAAAGUAUAUGUAGGUUUUUGAUGUUUAAAUGUGUGUUUUUUUCCUCCUCUGUCAGUGUUGUGUGCUGCUGAUCCAGUAGAUAAAAACCUGUUGUUACAGUGAACUGGGAGCUCUAAAGUAAGUAAGCAGUCUCUCUCCUGUGUUUCUCACCGUUAACUGCGGUGGCUUCCAGCACAAAACUGGCAACACAAUCAAAAAAGGUUUGACUGUAAAGAUGAGACAGAAAAUUUAGUUUUUUGGUUGAAGAGAGCGAUAAACUGUAUAAACAAACAGGAAAUUAAAAUAACCACUUCUAUUGAACAGAAAUGUGUUGUGUGCGUGUGUGUCGUUUAUUCUGUUUUACAUGGAAGUUGAAAUGCAGAGAUGACAUGACUAUAAUGACAAAAUGUUUUUAUGCCAACAUGCCAGGGAGUGAAUUUCCACAAAUUUGGCACAAAUGUUUAUUUGGACUCAACGAUGAACUGAUUAGAAUUAGGUGGUUAAAGGUCAAAGGUCACUGUGACUUCGCAAAACAGGUUUUUGCCAUAACUAAAGAAUUCAAGAAGUUUGACUAAUCCAAAUUUCAAUGUGAAUUAAUUGUAAGUAUCAACAAAUAUAAAUAUAAAUGUCAUUUUUUCUUAAAAUGGGUCCUAGAGAGGUAUUAAUGAUAUAUAUGUGCAUGAAAGAGACAUGAAAAGGACGAAUGAUGUCUGUAAAACAUUUUAGAGGAAGUACUAAAGCAGUAAAAUGUGCUCACAUAUCAAUUCUUUUUGAAGAAAAACUAUCAAUAAAGUAUUGCGAAAUAUAAAAA